UAUAAUUUGAUUUUUCUAAAACUGUGCUGGCACAAUAGUUCUAAAUAUUUGUAAUAUUCAAAUUAGUAUGAGCAAUGAAUAUCUGAUAAAUGAUACCCGACAUGAAUCAACGCCCGACCCAAUUACUGACAAACCGAGCCAACUACCAGACUCCCCUCCAAAAAGCAUGAAUCAUGGCGAUGAUAGCAGCAAUGAAGGAGAUGAUAGUUCCCAGACGCCAGAAUUUAAUAAUAAGAGAAUUAUUUUACAGAGAUUCACUGUAUACAAUUCCUUAACCACGAUGUAUAUAGUGGGAAGUAAUGCCAAGGAGACAUUAUUUAGAAUUCUUGAAAUUAGUAAGGAUCCCCAAAAUGAAGUUGAGUUAAUGAUAAUUGAAGAUAAGAGUUAUUUUUAUACAAGAAAAGAUAUCGUUGAAUUGUUAAAUGGAUUAGAUGAAUCUAUAGAGGGUGGUAUUCACAAAAUAGCUCAUGGUUAUGGCUUAUUAGGAUAUAUUAGAUUCACAAAAGGCUAUUAUCUUAGCAUCAUUACCAAGUGUAGCCAAGUUGCAAUACUUGGUGGCCAUAUAAUAUAUCAUAUAGAUGAGACAAAGUUAAUACCUUUAGAGAUUAAUUAUCAACGACCACCUAAAUAUAGUGAUGAAGAAAGAUUGCUAUCUAUCUUUAAAUACUUGGAUCUAGGUAAGACUUUCUACUUCAGCUAUGCAUAUGAUGUGACCAAUUCAUUACAGACUAAUUUUAUGAGAUAUAAACAGGCUGCAACUGAAUAUAAAUCUAAUGAAUCCACAGGAAAUGAAAAUGAAAACUUUAGGACUUUUGAACAUAAUGAAAGAUUUGUAUGGAACAAUGUGCUCCUAAAACCAGUCCUCGCAAAUCCAGAUAUUGCUAUUUUUGAAUGGUUUCAACCCAUUAUCCAUGGAUUUAUAGAUCAGGCAAAAAUUUCUGAUUAUGGGAAGAGUUUUUAUAUUACUAUUAUUGCUAGAAGGUCUCAUCAUUUUGCUGGAGCUAGAUUUUUAAAGAGAGGUGUUAACGACAAAGGAAAUGUUGCAAAUGAAAUUGAAACAGAGCAAAUUGUUUCAGAUAUGCUACUAUCGUCUUUUCAUGAUCCAAAGUAUGGAUUCUAUAACAGUCCAAGAUAUUCAAGCUUUGUUCAACACAGAGGUUCAAUUCCAUUAUAUUGGACACAAGAUUUGAACAAAUUACCUAAACCUCCAAUAGAAAUUAAUUUGUCAGACCCGUUUUACCAAAGUUCAGCAAUUCACUUCAACAAUUUAUUUAAGAGGUACGGACUGCCAGUAGUAAUUCUAAAUUUAAUCAAGCAAAAGGAAAGACAGCCAAGAGAACUGAAACUAAAUCAGCAUUUUGUCAAUUGCAUCAAAUACUUAAAUCAGUUCCUACCUAUCAAGAAUAAACUUAGGUAUUAUAGCUUUGAUAUGUCCAAAAAUUCCAAGAAAAACUUGGAUGUGAUUACUCCUUUACAGUCUAUAGCAGCCGAAUCUCUUAAAGAUAUCGGUUUUUUUCAUAAUGGUUAUGAUUUAAAGCACACAAAGCUUCAGACCGGAAUUAUAAGAACUAAUUGUAUUGAUUGCUUAGAUAGAACUAAUGCUGCCCAAUUUAUAAUUUGCAAAGAGGCACUCACGUAUCAAUUAAGAAGCUUAGGCUUGAUAUCGGCGAAUAAAACGUUAGAGUAUGAUUCAGAUUUGAUAAACAUUUUAACUGAAAUUUUUCAUGAUCAUGGUGAUACGAUUGCUGUUCAAUAUGGUGGUUCAAAUUUGGUUAAUACGAUGGACUCAUACAGACGUAUCAAUCAGUGGUCUUCUCAUACAAGAGAUAUAUUAAAUAGUGUUAAAAGAAUAUACUCGAAUUCAUUCAUGGAUCUGAUAAGACAAGAAGCAAUCAACCUAUUUUUGGGUAAUUAUGUAUAUUCACCCACCAAGCCCAAACUUUGGGAAUUACAGAAUGAUUUUUAUUUGCAUAAUGAUAUGGAAAUAGCAGACAUCAGAAGAAAGAUCAGUUACAUACAAUGGUUCAAUGAUAAAUAUCUAUCUUCCGAAAGAUAUAAAUAUAAUUCUUCGCUGGUCUAUCUGUCAAAAUAUUGGGAUGAAAAUUGGAGGCUUGAUCCCUUUCCAGAUUAUAAUGACAAUUGGUUUAAUGAAUGCUAUGUUCCCAGAAAAUUCACAUCGUUUACAGAAGUAUUGCAGUAUAAGAUGAAUUCUAACGCGAGAUACUUCCCUACAAAUUUAAGUCUUGAAUCAUUUGACUAUAGUCCUUAUGAGCCAAGGAUUCCGAAGAAUUCAGAGGAGCCAAUAGUUGAAGACAUAAAAAGUGGAGAAAUCAAUUUGAGAUAUUUGGAUAGUUGUGCCACUGAAGAAUUACAGAAAGGAAAAGAUGAUCUCUACUCCACAGAUAAAAAUGCUAAUAAAAACAGAAGCAAUUAUUUAAGAAUAACCAGGCCAGAUAAGAUCAAAAGCUUUCUUUCAAAAAAGAUUGAGAAAUUUGCUUAUAAUGGAAAUCGAAUGAUCGAUUCCAUAUUUGAUUGCUUUUCAGAAUCCGAAGAGAAUUUUUAUAAACCUACUGUCAGCCAAUCUGAUAAAAACCUUUACAAAUCACAGUUAAAUUUCCACCACGAAUUGAAUUGUGUUGUGCCAGCAUAUAAGUCUAGCUUUUCAACAAAUUCUCUCAAUUUUCAGCCAAGUGAAAAAGAUGUUGAAAUCUAUAACUUUUAUUGUGAGCUAAUUUCUAACUCAUCAUAUCAUAGAUCUUCUGAAUAUAGUACAUCUAUGAGUAUCAAUCAAUUGCAAUAUCCUGAUGAACAUGAUUUAAAAAUUUAUUCUCAAUAUUUAGGUGUUGAUGAUGAAAAACUUAUUUCUUUAAAUACUGAAGAUAAUUACUUCACAUAA